AUGGAUGCGCAGAAUGCUGUCGAGUCCACGAGCGCGAAGCAGCCUGCUUCUCCACGGAGGGGAUCCGACAAUGAGUCGACUCACCCAAGGAACAGGUCACCCGUAGCCAACAAGACAGCCGCCUCCUCGACGACAACGACGACCACCACAACAGUAACAAAAGAUCUCAAGCCUCCGCCAAAUACCUCUUCUAAUGCAACGGACGAGGACGCUGCCCACGAACGUGAUUCGGAUGCCGAGACCAUUGUUCUGCCAGGGAAGGAUGGCAUCUCGCCCUCCAAGCCACGCAAGGUCAUCAAGCAUGAAGACAAGAGUGACGGUGAGAUUGAUGACCAUGUCCUCCCGGCCCCAAAGAAGUUGUCUAGGGAAGCCAAAGAUCUCUCCAACCAUGGCGAACGAUCCGCUGCCGGUGAUGACGCUGCGUCUUCAGUGCGGCAGAAGAAGCGUCCGCUAGAAAAACAGCGUGUCAGAGAUGGAUCUGCUGGACUGAGCUCGGCACCCACCUCUCCUCCUAUCCAUCUGCAACGAGAACAGAGCUCAUCACACCGACGUCGCAACCAUGGCAACCAUGAUUCUGGCUCCGACUCGGAGACUCCAAAACCAAGAUCCCCGAAGCUGUCCAAGGAGAAGGGCACCCCCAUUGAGCGUCAUCUGUCCCAUAAACGUAAAGCCCACAAGACGGAAUCUGAUGACGAUGCCGAUGCGCGCAAGAUCCGCCGGCCACGGGUUUCGGAAACUGGUCUAGAAAGUAGAUCCAAGGAUUCCAAGUCUAUGUCAAGUAAGCCGCACCUUGAGAGGCACUCAGCUUCACGCCCCCGGUCCAUCUCCCCCCAUGUUCGGGCACACCGCAGAAGUCUCUCGACACAGUUGCCAGAUAAGUCGUAUGCAUCAGGACUUGGUUCCAAGAAGCGACGAAUACCUGCCCCUCUGCAGUCGACCGAUUACCAUUCGGACGAUUCUUCCGCCAGUGGUAGCCCUCACCCUCGUAGCUCGCGGCUCAAGAGCAUUGUGACGCCUGGUACAGGUGAUUCGACCAUGUCGCCUGCCAAACUCGCACCCCACAAGAAGCACCUGGAUGCACACGGUCAGACUCUCUUCGCAAAAGCGUGUGCAAAAGGUGAAUACGAUGUUGCAAAAACGCGACUUGCUGAACGACCAGAGGACUUGAACUUUGCAGACCACGCCGGAAACACUCCGCUCCAGGUUGCUUCUCUCAAUGGUCAUGAGGAUGUUGUGGAGUUGCUCAUAGGUGCUGGGUGCAAUCUGGAGUGCAGAAAUGAUGUGAAAGAUACCCCACUCCUCGAUGCUGUUGAGAAUGGUCAUUUGGGAGUGGUUAAGCUUUUACUGGCCGCAGGAGUCAACCCUCGCAAAGCUAAUGCAGAAGGCCAAGAACCCCUCGAAAAAGUUCCUGAUGACCUGGACAAUGCAGAGGAGAUACGACAAGCUCUGAUUGAGGCCAAACAGAAGGUGGGCGAAUUACGCCGGACUUCGGAGGAUCAUGCACCACAGGACAAUCAGGACACUUCAUCUCAUGGAGCCAAUAGCCCUCGACGAUCGCCGGAACCUUCACUCGGGGCAGUUUUGGCUGCAUCCUCGAGACGAGGAGGUACCGUGCGGUCCACGAAAACCAGUAAUCACUUGCUUUACAUGAGUUUGGACGAGAAAACCCUGCGUCAAGCUGCAGCUCGCGGCGAUCACGAGACUGUUACGCGCAUUUUACAAGUCAAGGAAAGCUGCGACGAUGCCGAGGCUUUGGUGGCAGCUGCCCGUGGAGGCCAUAACUUUGUCAUGGAGUUGCUGCUUGCCCUAGGUGGUGCCAAUCCUGAUCCGUCUCCUGUGGCAUCCUUACCUGGAGAGCACAGUACGCCGAUGCUGGCUGCUAUUGGCCAGGAGAAUAUCAAGGUCGUCCAGCUAUUGUUGGAGCAAAAUGGCUUUGAUCCGACACGUCGAUUCAGAGGCGAGACGUACUACGAAAUCGCAAGACGCCGCGAAGGGCCCAUGUGGAAGGAAGAGGAGCAUAUGCUCAAAAAUGCUUAUGACGAGUACAAAAAGACUCACAAAGGACAUUCAAAGAACAAAGUAUCUCCCUCAAGGCGUGAAAGAGACCUUGCAGGUCAAGAAGCCAAGCGUGUCUCUCGUGCCGAGAAUAAUGCCGAAAAACCUCGCCCUCAGCACAAGCGGCGACCUUCGAGUCCGCCACGGGAGGGCGAUGCCAAGAAAAAGGUCAAUUCUGGAAAGACUGCCAGCAGUCCCAAGGAAAAGAAGCGUUCGCAAUCUUUCAGCCAAAACGAUGAACAGGUUUCUCCCAAGCGCGGUCGCCCAAAGAAAGAAGACAAAGUACCCACCAUAGCCAUCUCUGAUCGCGAGGCGUCGCCGGCACUGUCAGCCAAAACGCAUCCUGUAAAACCCAAGCGAAGCGAAUCGGACAUGGCGGGUUCGUCAGAGGGAGAGACUGCCAAGCCCAGGCGGAAAUUGAUCUCUGGCAAAGACCUGAAGGGCCAAAGAGACAAGCAACGCCGCUCCAGCAUGGUUUCCAACCAUUCGGCAAAGGACGCGACCGAAAGGCAUGAUUCUAAAAUAGACGACUCAACUGAGAAGCCUCGAGCCGAGCGUAUCUCAGAAAAGUACCACGACAGGACCAAGGCAUUGAAGCGUGAUGACUCAAGAGACAGGCUUUCUCCCAAUGAUCCCUCUGCGAAGAGGCUUCGCGCCAGUAUGACGCCACCACGCCACGGCGCCGAUGACAAGGAUGAGAACGAGGCACCAGUUAAGCGAAGAAAACUGGAUGCCGAUGGUAAAGAGAAUCGUGGUCUGAAGAAUCCUCCAGCUGACGACCGGCCCCGGAAACGCGAUUCGUCUGGAGAGCCCAUCAAGCGCCAGAAGCUUGCAGAUGGUGACCGCAAAGACGUGCUCAAGGCAAAGAAGCUCAACCGGGAACGAAAAGAGUCGGAGAAAGCUUCGUCGGAAAAGCCCGAGAGCACAACUGCUUCCGAGGAUGUGGAAAUGCGAGAUGCCCCAGAAGUUCCCUCUGCAGAAGACCGUGAGGCGGCCUUGGACAAGGAACGGGCAGAGUCGAGGAAGCGCCAAGCAGAACUGGAAGCCGCUGAAGAAGAGGCACGCAAGAAGGCUGAAGCCAUCAAGCAACGGGAGGCCGAGGAGAAACAGAAACGCGAGGCCGAUGAGAAACGUCUCCAGGAGGAGGCUGAAAAGAAACGAGCUGAAGAGGAGGAGAAACGUCGCCUUGAAGAGGCAGAAAGGAAACGAAAAGAGGAGGCACAGGCCAAGCUCGAAGCAGAGCGGCAGAAGCGUGAAGAGGAGGCAAAGAAGGCUCGGGAAGAAGAGGAGCGCCUGCAAAAAGAGAAGGAGGACCAGCGGCGCCGCCAAGAGGAGGAGCGGGUUCGUCUCGAGAAGGAAGCUGCUGAGGAGGCACGCCGACUUCGUGAAGAGGAAGAACGGCGCGAGCGUGAGCGCAAAAGGGCAGCACGCGACGCUGAACUUUUGCGUCAACGGCAGGAGCAGGAGCGGGAGCAAGAGAAGCUUCGUCUUUCCAAGCUGCCACCCCUCCUCCGGUGGCUGGACGGAUGCGCCGACCCGAAGCAACGGGAAUAUGCCCAGCUCUUUACAAUUAUGCAGGGUGUGCGCUACGACACUAUCAACCCUCUCGCCACUGGUGCUCAAGGUCGGGAACAAUGGCUGCUGAACACCCAGGUCGCACUUCUCCUUGGAGAGAAGGAUCUGAGUCUCCAACGAUAUACCGGCUGGGAACGAAUUCCCGUGUCCAAUAUUGCGAAGCGUGUCAUCUGGCGGCUGGAACAGGAUCGAUAUGCCCUCACCGAGAGCAAGCUGUAUCAUCUGGGUGAACAACUGCCAGGCUAUUACGGCGGCGAUCCGAGCAAAGUGGGCUACCAACGUCUUGAGAAGCUGCGGCGUGAUGCGUCAAAGCUUUUCUUUGACAUGGACAUGUUCUUCGUCAAGGAGUCCGACCUGCUCUUUAUCUUGCCCAGCAUUCCCCAUCUGCGCAACGUCAAGCUCUCUAUUUGCUACCGUGAACUUCCAGAGCACGAGAACCAGCUCAACUUCUGGACUGCACCCGCCAAGUGGAAGUCUGAUCCAGACGCAAACACCAGGGAGGGAUUUGCGCCCCGCCAGAAGUAUUACAUCAAUGGACGACUGGACGGCGAAGAUCGGCCGGGGCAUUACAACCCAAGCACCUCACCAUUUCCCGAUCAGCGAGUGCCUCGCAGAGGUGGACUGAUCGCGGUUGGUCCUGAAGAGCCAGACUACCCACAAUUAUGCUUGGAGCAGGGGCUGGGACAUUUGCUCUCAGAGCACCAGAAGCUCAUGGCCAUGAAUGCAGCACACUUGACGCCGAGAAGCAUGACAUCCAACGAUACUGCAGACGGCCCCAAUGGAGACAACAUGUCUCCAUCAGCUGCAUCUCCGACAACCCGAGUCAAUGGCAACUAUGAAAGAGGAUCGCCAGAAGCACCUCUUGUAAAUGGAACUAAUGGCAUAGCUCAUUAG